AAUAAAAUUAUAAUUAGAAAUGUUGUGAAGAAAUUACACACUGGAAAGGGCCGAAAUGAUCAGACGGUAACGGACACGAAAUUAUAGCUUUGGAAGUCCAUAGACAUACUUAUAAAGACAGUGACGAAACUCGUUAAGUUGAUGGAAGCAUGGUACGCGAAAGCGGGACAUGGAGAGGUUGCAAGAAAUACGAAGUCAAGCGUGCCUUAGGGCAAUGAUGCAAUAACGGCGAAUCCCUUCCAAAUUGAUCGACGUUCUUUGACCAACAAACUGGAUUUUCCUGAAAUAAUAGAGAACGGCAUGUACGCGACAGAGACCUUGUCGGUGAGCUGUAAACAUACUUUCAACACUAUUGUUUUAAUACUUGUCGAAGUGAAUAACAUGCAAAUAUAAAAAACAAAUUUAGUUGAAAUAUCAGAAAAAUGUCAGAAGAGAAAAGAAUUUUUCUCCCAAUUUACAUAUUCGAUACUUGCAUGUUGUAAUUCUUCAUUUCAAGCUAAGUUUCUCUUUUGGUCUUCAUUAACAGCGAUUCAAUUGAGCCGCCUUUGCCAUGGUUUGACCAUUUAUAGCAGCGAGGAAUUCGGUUUCGUGAAUAUGUUUGGUGCCUCGGUAACACAAUCAUUCCUGGCUGGAAAUUUUGGCACACUACCAUAUAUCCAUGAUAUUCCAUAUUUAAUGAGUUUCAUGACUACUUUGAGAGGAAUUCCGUGUACCUAUAACAAGGAUCUCCAGGAAGAUAAAAAAAGUUUGUUUUCCUCGGACAAUGUUUUAAAUACUAACUUUAUUGAGUGCUAA